UUGAGUCUCUGGGCAUCAUGAUCUACAAAGCUCUGGAUUACGGGUUGAAGGAGAAUGAGGAGAGGGAGCUCAGCCCCCCUCUGGAGCAGCUCAUCGACCUCAUGACCAACAUGGCUGAGGCUGAGAGGGAGGCCUGUCCCGACGAAGGAUAUGAGGCCACAGAAGAAGAGGAUGAAGCAGAGGAUGACCCUGACAUCUCCAGUGUUCAUGGCUACGGAGAUAUCCUCAAGCUUUGCACAGCUCAUCUACCCAGUCUAUCAGACGCACCCAAUCACUACCAGGCAGUGUGUCGUGCUCUGUACACAGAAACCAGGGAGCUGCGCACUUUUCUGGAGAAGAUCAAGAGUGCCAAGGAGAACCUCCGUAAAAUGGAGCAUGAGUCAUCAGUGGAGCCUGGCCACGACCUGAAUGACCUACAGAAUGCUGACUGGGCAGUGAUUAAAGAGCUUCUCAGGAACCAUGUUGAGAUGGAUAGAACCACUGCCCUUGAUGAACCCUCCUUAUUUUGUGUGCACAGAGAGGCUCGAUUCUGGGUUCAGGUGAUGAGGGACCUGCGUGAUGGAGUCAAGCUGAAGAAGGUGCAGGAGCGGCAGUACAACCCUCUGCCCAUCGAGUACCAGCUCACUCCCUAUGAGAUGCUCAUGGACGACAUCAGGUCCAAACGAUACAAACUGCGCAAAGUCAUGGUAAAUGGAGACGUCCCGCCCAAGUUAAAGAAGAGCGCUCAUGAAGUCAUCCUGGAGUUCAUCAGAUCGAGACCACCUCUCAACCCCGUGUCAGCUCGUAAGCUGAAGCCACAGACUCAGCCUCCUCCAACACUGCAUGAGCGGAUCCUGGAGGAAAUCAAAGCAGAGAGGAAACUUCGACCUGUGUCACCUGGUGAGGUCCGCAGGGGAAGGCUGGUAAUUCGGCCACUUAGCAUGUCUUUCAGUUUUGAUGCGUCAGGUAAAGUCUACUUCCCUGCUUACCUGGCUUUUUAUCUCUUUCUGUUUCCCACCUUGUUGUGGCUGCUCAUCUGCUCUAUCAGAUCACACUGCACACACAUCAGACUUUUUGUAUCAGCCCACUGCACACACAUUUCAUGUCAUGCUUCAGUGGUUGGUGAUGGUUGGCUGUGGUCUGUGGAGGUGAAACAUGGUGAUGUGGGACACUGGUCAGUAGGAGGACACUGUUGAGAGCAAACAGAUGAGUGACGCAUUGACCGGCAGUACAAACACAGUUCUAUAGUCAGGGCACAGCAACCACCGAGGACACUGAGGUAAUGUCCUUUGAGUUUUUAUUAAGGAAUUUGGGGUAUUAGCAAAUUAAACAUAACAUUCGUUUGCAGCUUAAUAUAUAUUUCAAUUUGACUACUUUUAGCAUUUAGUUCAUCUUGGAAAAAUGUAAAUAUAAUUUAAUUGAACAAUAACAAAUAAAAAUAGUUUUGAAAACUGCAUGAAAGACUGCAGAGUAGCUUAGCUAAUUACCACACAUAUGUGUUUUGGAUGAUGAUCUUUAUCAUAUUUAUCAUCUCAGUAAGUACAACAAUAGGCUGGCUGCACACCAACAUUUGAUUGAGAGUUUGCGAAAACUACUACAAAGAAGUCGAGAUAAAUUGCUGAAAGUGAGGAUAAAUGAACUUAGGAACAACCGAAUGAAGGGACUUGGACUCAGUAUUUCUAAAACCCUGCAACCAUAGAAAUUAAUCAAUUACUCUUUGUUGAAAGUUACAUCCCUUCACAAACUGGCUGUAGUUCUAUUGUUUGCGUGACAUUAUCCAUUGUUUUAAAAUGUAAAUGCCAAAUGUAAUGCUAUAAAACAGUACCCAAUCUCAUGACAGUAUGAGAUGCAAUUAAAAACCACAGAAUUUUAUUUAUGCAGGAUUCAGGUCACAUUUACUUACAUGUCAUAUUUUUCCUCCCUUUUGAAUCUUCUUGCCUGGGAAAAAUAAAGAAGAAAAUGGUUGUUAUGAUGAUGACUGAUGAUGAGUAACAUGGCAUGUACACAACUCGCAGCCUGUGGUUUUUGACACGAGGGAAUCCUAACUUCCCAUUAGCAUCUGGCUGUCCUAAAGAGAAAGAUUAAACCUAGCUCUGGCUGAUUGGAACAGAUCAGAUCGCCUAACAGCGGAUUGGGAUAUUUUAAGGGCUUUACUGUUCUUGGUGCCCUCUAUGAUGAUACUGAAUUAAUGACCAGUGACGGUUUAAAUGAUGUAACAUUAUCCUGCUGAGUUUUAUUUAUUCUAUGUCAUUGUUUGUUCUUUUAUUUUUGUUUAAUACUUAUGAGUAGAGCCAAUGUGAAAUUCUGAAGAGUGAGUUGUGAAAUGACAUUAUUGUGGCACUUCAAAUCCUGGUCAGAACAGUACAGCUCAUACAGUCUGUUUUACCUACAGCUCCUGUCAAAUAAAAGCCCAGGAUUAUCUCACUCCUGAAAAAUGUCCCUGGUUGUUGCUGCUGAGCCCCCAGGUCACGCCAAGUGUCACCUUUGCUAAGUAAAUCAUCUGUCAAAUAUACUGCUGUUAUGUGAAUCUUAAGUAGAAGUGUGUGCAGCCACCCAUCUAAUCAAGGAAUGAGAAGGAGCAGCCAAAAGAGUUACCACCACCUCUGUGUCUUCAAAAAUCAACUCCAUACACAAGAGUCUUUCAUGUGCCACGAUGACUUUGCAGAAUUUAAUCAGGGAACAGAUGGAUCAGUGUGCAGCCUCAUGCUCCAGCACUGGACAGGAUAUACGUUCUCCCAGUAGUGGUAUGUGUUUAGCAUUAAAUGCAUAUGACCAGCUUUAUGCUAUAUACAGUUUUGAUUGAGGUGAUAAGAUAAUACUGCUGAGGCAGGCAAAUCAGAAUAAUGCUGCGCUCCACUUUCCCUCUCUUGAAACCAGUGUCUCUCAUCACACAACAAGCUUUAUCACCUCACGCUUACUCAUUCAUGCUGUCCGAUAAUCUGUGUGCGUCU